AUGAUUUGUUACUUCAUUAAUUUGAUGGUGAAGGAGCAUUUAGCCCAACCGGCCGGUUUAGAUGUUUUACUCUCUAUUGUGGAAACAGCAAUCUAAUUUGGUUCUGUGAGAUCACUACUUGUCUUCUUCGCCAGAUUAUCGCCGUUCGUUCAGAGAAAACUUUUUCCGAUACACAAAAUCGGAGGAAGAAGAAGAUGAAGCUCAAAGUGUAUGCGGAUCGAAUGUCACAGCCAUCUCGUGCUGUCCUCAUAUUCUGCAAGGUUAAUGAAAUCCAAUUCGAUGAGAUAUUGAUUUACUUGGCGAAUCGUCAACAAUUAUCCCCUGAAUUUAAAGGUUUGUAUAAAUAAUCAGCAAAAAGGUUUUUUUUUGACAUGGGUGAAUUCGGAUUUCGAUAAAAGUUGAAACUUGAUUUGGUCUUUACAGUGAGAUUUGAGUCUUUGUUUCUCAGAUAUUAACCCAAUGGGGAAAGUUCCAGCUAUUGUUGAUGGCAAACUUAAGCUCUCUGAGAGUCACGCUAUCUUGAUAUAUCUUUCCUCAGCAUACCCAAGUGUAGUUGAUCAUUGGUACCCGACUGAUCUUUCCAAAAGGGCCAGAAUUCACUCUGUUUUGGAUUGGCAUCACACCAAUUUACGCCCUGGUGCAGCUGGAUACGUUCUGAAUAGUGUACUAGGUCCAGCUCUCGGUCUUCCUCUGAAUCCGAAAGCAGCUGCUGAAGCUGAGCAGUUACUAACAAAGUCUCUGACCACUCUAGACACUUUUUGGCUUAAGGGCAAUGCCAUGUUCUUGCUCGGAAGCAACCAACCAUCUAUAGCUGAUCUGAGCCUUGUAUGUGAACUAACGCAGCUGCAGGUUUUGGAUGAUAAAGAUCGUCUUAGAUUGCUCAGCCCUCAUAAAAAUGUUGAACAAUGGAUUGAGAAUACGAGAAAAGCGACGAUGCCUCACUUUGAUGAGGUCCAUGAGGUCCUUUUCAGAGCCAAAGAUAGAUGUCAGAAGCAGCGAGAGAUGGCAACCGCAUCUAAACCGGGUCCUCAAUCUAAGAUUAUCCAAUUUAGUACUAUUGGUGAGAAGAGUGAUGAUCCAAACCUCGUUCAAAACACAACCGAUCGUAGAAAACAUAGACGCAAAUGGAGUCGAGCUGAAGAUGCCAUUCUUAUUAGUGCUUGGUUAAAUACUAGCAAGGAUCCAAUUGUCGAUAAUGAACAUAAAGCAUGCGCUUUUUGGAAGAGAAUUGGUGCAUAUUUUAACAAUAGCGCUUCACUUGCAAAUCUGCCAAAGCGAGAGCCGAGUCACUGCAAGCAAAGAUGGAGUAAACUUAACGACAAAGUCUGCAAAUUUGUUGGAUGUUAUGAUCAAGCUUUGAAUCAAAGAAGUAGUGGUCAAUCUGAAGAUGAUGUUUUCCAAGUUGCAUACCAAGUCUACACGAACAAUUACAAGAGUAAUUUUACACUUGAGCAUGCAUGGAGGGAGCUCCGACACAGUAAAAAAUGGUGUAGUUUGUACCCCUUUGAAAAUUCUAAGGGUGGUGGAAGCUCAAAGAGAACAAAGUUGAAUAAUGGAGAUCGUGUAUAUUCUUCAAGCUCUAAUCCGGAGAGUGUGCCUAUAGCUCUAGAUGAAGAGGAGCAAGUCAUGGAUCUUCCUCUUGGUGUGAAGUCAUCGAAGCAGAAAGAGAAGAAAGUUGCUACUAUUAUAACGAUUGAAGAAAGGGAGGCCGAUUCUGGAUCAAGACUUGAGAACUUGUGGGUACUAGAUGAAGAGGAGCAAGUUAUGGAUCGUCCUCUUGGUGUGAAGUCAUUAGAGCAAAAAGAGAAUAAAGUUGCUCCUAAACCAACGAUUGAAGAAAGGGAGGCGGCCGAUUCUCGAUCAAGACUUGAGAACUUGUGGGCACUAAAGGAGAAAGAAGAAAGGGAGGCAGAUUCCCGAUCAAGACUUGAGAACUUGUGGGCACUGAAGGAGAAAGACAUAGAAGAGCAAAAGAAACUAACAAGGAUGGAAGUCCUUAAAAGUCUUCUUGGAAGAACAACUGAUCAACUUUCUGAAAAAGAAGACAUUUUGAAGAACAAGCUCAUUGAUGAGAUGCUCUAAUCUCUAUGUUCAUCUCUGUAUUUUAGCUAUGUUUCAUUGUAUUUAUCUCUGUAUUUUCUCUAGGUUUAUCUCACUAUCUAUGUUCAACAUUUGUUUCACUUUCCAAUUCACAUCAUGAAACGUUAGGAAAGAAAAGGAAUGAUCAGAGCAUAUGAAAGAAAAGCCCCUAUUGUUUCAUCAGCUUUUGGCUGGUUUGGUCUAUGGAGACUCACUCAAAUGCUAAGUUUCAAAGAUU